GAAAGAAGUCUUCUGGACACACACACACAAACUGAACAGCUUUCAGGAACUAGUUGACGCCCUCGGGUCAGAUCAGCCCCAUCCCAGACCACCACCACCACAGUCACCUCCCCCCCCUCCUACUACUCCACACACCAACCCUCCACCCAGUCAGUCACCUCAUGUGCGACCGGCCGGCAGGAGCAGCAGGAGCAGGAGCAGCAGGCACUUCACAGACAAGAGCCCGGACCACAGCGGCACAGAGAUCCUUCCCUACCCGGGGUUUGUUGUUUGGGCAAAGAGAAGAGAGGAGGACCAGGGGGAGGAGAAUGGGACACCGGUGCCUGGAGUCCGCUCGGCGCAUUUGAGAGCUCCUCCGACCCGCUUCCAGGUUCCUUGUCUCCCGACUCAGACUCACGUUUUCACCGCUGACACAACACAAUGGGCUGCUGCAGCGGGCGAUGCACCCUCAUCUUUAUCUGCACUUUACAGUUGUUGCUGGCUUUAGAGAGACAGGUCUUUGACUUCCUCGGUUACCAGUGGGCCCCCAUCCUCGCCAACUUCGUCCACAUCAUCAUCGUCAUCCUCGGCCUCUUUGGUACCAUCCAGUACCGGCCGCGCUACAUUGUGGUGUACACAGUAUGGGCCGCUCUGUGGGUCGCCUGGAAUGUCUUUAUCAUCUGCUACUACCUGGACGUAGGAGGCCUGUCCAAGGACAGUGACCUGCUGACAUUUAACAUCUCAGCCCAUCACUCCUGGUGGAGCGAGCACGGGCCGGGCUGUGUGAGGAGAGAGAUGCCGCAGGCUCCAGGGAUCCGCACCACAGAGAGCCACUCCUACAUCACUGUCAUGGGCUGCCUCAUGGACUACCAGUACAUCGAGGUCGUGCACAGCGGCACGCAGAUCCUUGUUGCUCUCCUUGGCUUCGUGUACGCCUGCUACGUUGUCAGCGCUAUCACUGAGGAGGAGGACAGCUUUGAUUUUAUUGGUGGAUUUGACCCAUUCCCUCUCUACCAUGUCAAUGAGAAACCAUCUCAUCUACUCUUAAAGCCCAUGUACCUGUCUACGUAAAUAGGAGAGCGUCCAGCAGGGAGGUGACAGCAGAUUCCCACGGAGACAAAAUGGCUGUUUUGACGCAAAUGUCCCCAGUGCACCGGGGCAUGCCAGACAUUCCUCCCCCUUCUUGAUUUCAGUUCUUUAAACAUGUCAUUUACUGAUGUGCUGCCCAGAAAAGCCAACGCUUCUCCGUUAGGGUCCAUUGUUUUCCAUGAGAGAUGACGGGUCCUGAGAACGAGGGGGGCGGAUUGCACUGGAACAAAGUCUCAUAUUGUGUAUUUAGGGAAGUAUCAAUCAUUUUCUUUGUGUUGAGUUCUCUGCUAAGGUCCCAUUGCUGCACUGACCUGCCCCAUAAUCGUCUUAAAACUCCCCCAGAACAUGACUGUAUAGAACAUGUUCAGCAUAUAAAUACAGUGUGUAUGUAACCAGGAAUUGCCCAGCAUUCCCAGUCUGUGUCUUCGAGAGGACUCAGUGAUUUAGCGUGUCAUUGCCGGUUUGGCUCAGAUCUUGGCCGGAGGGCUGAAUUACAGUGGAGCCUGUGGAAUGAGCUAUUGUGUGCCGCCUGUUUACUUUAGGCCAGGAUCUGUGUGCAUAAAUACACGAGUAAAGCAGGAAGAGGCAGAGGGAGGGGAUGGAACAAAAGCUCCGAAACCUUCAGUGGCAUCUGUCAAAAAUAGAAAAUGUAAAUAAUGAAGGGAGGGUGGGGGGGUGGUGGUUUGGAUUGAGAGUCUGACAUGUGAAGCUGUGUCAAGAAUGUGAAAGAGCAUUAGCUUAGCUUGCAAGUGGUGUUCAGACACAAGGAAACAGCAUGUUGAGUUUUACCUUUUUAUUUUUGGAGUCUUAUUAUUGUGACUAUUUUUCAGCCUCGUCGGAUGAUGUGCCGAGAGCUUUUCCUCUCACUUCUCCUCCUAACUACUGACGACACAUCAGGGCCGAUCAUACACACACACACACACACACACACACACACACACACUCUCACACUGUCUCGAGCAAGGGUUGCACAGCGUAUUUUUAACUUUCAGCGAAACAAUAGAGAUUGUUUUACUACUUCAUAUUGCACACAGCAGUGUUUGAGUCUGUAUGGGUAUAGUCCUCAGUGUAGAAGUAGCAUGGCUAUACGUGAGUGGAUCAGAUAUUCGUCUCCCGUCAGUCCAACAGUUUAGAUUCUCGAUGGUGAUAGUCUCAGUUGUGAUUGUUUUAUAGCAUGUUUUUUACAGGGUUUGUAUUGUAAUUAUGUGUAUUACAUCUUAAGUGAUGGCAAAAUAGUAAAACCGAUAUCUUCAGAUGACUUUACAGUGAACGAGCUGGUGAAUCUGUAUCUGAAAUCUUCUGCUGAGUAGUUUCUUACUCACAUUUCUUUUAAUAGGAUCCAGUAACAUUAUAAUUUGACAUAGGCAGAAGUGCAUCAUAUCUCUGAACUGAUUGGUAGCACUUUUUAUUUUCUUUGUUUUAUCUAUCAGGAUUAUACAGUCUCUUAUGGUCAUACUCUGUCGCCUCACUAUUUGAGUGAAUCACUAGUUCCUCCUGGUGGCCAAAGUGUUCAUGUACAGGUUACAAGGCCCCUGCCACAAGCCUGUACUGCCAUAACUCUCCAUGUUUUAUCAUUCAUUGAUUUUUAAUGGUUUACAGAUCUGCAUCUCAAAGUGGACUUAAGAGUAACUGUCAUGUGAAGAGAGUCAGAAAUGUCCCGGAUUUUUUUCAAUACUACUAUUCAGUCCUUUUCUUUUAUCACUCAGGUUAAGGUCUGUUUUUCGCCACUGAAUUUGAAUCCAGAAUGUUUUCAGUAUGUUAUUUAUUUGACUGCAAUAUACUUGCAAAAUCUUAGAAUAUGAAUCAUUGCUAUAAUCAAAACAGAUGCGAACAAAGAAGUAUUUGUUUGUUCAUUUAGCAGCUACAAAUAAAGUUCUGCUGGUUGUCUGAUCCCCUGUGGUAUAGGACGACUUCAUUGUACCUAAUAUUCUACAAUUGUGAUUCUGAAAAUCGGCUGACCACUUUCUGCUGGCUAAUGUCACAAUGAUGGAUUUGGAUUGGUCCUCUCUAUACUGGAUAGAUGCAAUAAUAUAUAUGUCCUUAUUGUCUUUAUAAUUUGAAGUUGGCACACUCCUGGUGGUUUAUAUCUGGUGUGUGGGUUAGUUAAAAACACGAAUCACCUCAUAUUGUAACAUAAUCAGUAUAAGUAGUAAAAUUCUACUAAAGUCAUUACGUUAACACUAGUCUUCCUCUCAGUGCAAUACAGACUAAAACCUGGUAUUGUUGUCAAAGUGUUUGUCCCCACUGAGAAAUAAAAACACCUCUUUGUAGAUAAUUACUUUUCUUUGCAUAGAAAGUGGAAAAGUGGAUUUUUUUUUGUAUUCUCUUUAUUUUGUGUCCUGUGUUGGCCUGUUCCCAUGUGAUCUGAUUGCAUAAUCCUAUUUAUCCUGAACUGUGCUUUGUGUUCAUGUAAAAAGGUGUUUGUUAAUAAAAGAAUGUCCUCUUUUAACGA